AAGGAGGCACAGAAGAAUGCUAUUCUACCUUUUGACAGACGGAGAUGGAUGUUAGGUCCACCUGGACUAUUCCAUGUCCUCAUGAAUCUAAUCCUAACGAUCGUCCGUAUCCAUUUUGAUACGGAGCCUUUACUACCGUCGGAUACAAAGCCUUCACUACCAUCGGAUACAAAGCCUUCACUACCAUCGGAUGCGAAGCCUUUACUACUAUCAGAUACAACGCUUCUAUCGGAUAUCAUCUACUGGGAUCGAAAAGGAUAUACUCGAGAAUCCCCAAAGUUCUACAUGUUUGACCCUCUGCUUAAGCAAUCAUUUUAUGCUCGUGUCUUAAUGCUAUGGUACCAUGUUCUUACGAGACGAGGGCAUAUCUAAAAGGCAUUCCUUGAAGAUACCAGUCUAAGUUCGAAACUGGAUCUAAUUAUCCAGAACCUGGAGCCAGAAGAACUUAUCUCUAUAAUAAAAGAGGUCUACAUACUGGCAUUCUCUCCAGAGGCAUGGGACACGACA